CAUCGUCACUUCCGUUUGCAGAGAAAGGAGAGGAUUUGCGUUACCGAGCGACCAAGAGGAUUGACAGAGGAGCCUGUGGAGAUUAUUUGCCCUCCAGACAUCCAUUAAAACACACAUCUCAUUUUGAUCAUGGAAUAAUCUUAAAUGUGGUCCGUGUGGUUCGGUUCUGCGGUUAAGACGGCAUACAGAUAUCCAUCAUGACAGACAGUAUUUUGAGCAAAGCCGCCACUAUGGAAAUACCCAUCAACAGCAAUGGGGACAGCAGGACGGCAGAAGAUGACAGUCUUGAGCAGGGUGCACAGAUUGGUGGGAGCUUAGAUGAAAUUGUAGGCACACUGCCAGUGGCCAUGGACUUGCAGCAGGUGAUGGUGUCUGGACCAAACCUGAAUGAAACCAGCAUUGUGUCUGGAGGCUACGGAGGGGCAGCAGAGGGCAUCAUACCCACCAGCUCCAUCAAAGGACCAGCCGUUCGUUUCAACCCGGAGUAUUUUGACAGAAGAUGUGGUAACACGCCCAAACCAGACAUCCGCUCCAAAUCCAGGGGUAUCACUCCCAGCCAUUCAGCCGCCAGUCGGAUAGCAAACCAGCCAGGACAUUACCCAGCUCCCAGCAUGCACCACAGCAACAGCAACCCAAUGAUGUCAGAGGAGGCCACAAGAGGAGUAGCUGUGGAGAAAUUUGACAGCGUGAAAAAGUGGAGCAUUAACACAUACAAGUGCACAAAACAGAUGUUUUCGGAGCGCUUCGGCCGUGGCACGAAGACGGUGGACCUGGAGCUUGAGGCUCAGAUCGAUGUGCUAAGAGAAACUAAGCUGAAGUACGAGCGUAUUCUGAGACUAGCACGUGAGCUCACCAACCACUUCUACAACAUGGUGCAGACUCAGCAGGCUCUUGGGGACACUUUCGCUGAUCUGAGCCAGAAAUCCCCAGAAUUGCAGGAUGAGUUUGGCUAUAAUGCAGAGACACAAAGACUGCUAUGCAAGAAUGGAGAGACGCUCCUAGGUGCCAUCAAUUUCUUUGUGUCCAGCAUUAAUACGCUAGUCAACAAAACCAUGGAGGACACGCUCAUGACCAUCAAGAUGUAUGAGAAUGCAAGACUGGAAUUCGAUGCCUAUAGGACAGACCUGGAGGAGUUGAGCGCGGGUCCGCGGGACGCUGCGGCCAUGGUGCGCAUUGAGAUGGCUCAACAGCAGUACCAGAUCCACAAAGACAAGUAUGAAAGACUGCGCAGUGAUGUCACCAUCAAACUCAAGUUUUUGGAGGAGAAUAAGGUAAAGGUGAUGCACAAACAGCUCCUACUGUUUCAUAAUGCUAUCUCGGCGUAUUUCGCUGGAAAUCAGCAGCAGCUGGAACAGACUCUCAGACAGUUCAACGUGAAGUUGAAGCCACCGGGUUCUGACAAGCCGUCGUGGCUUGAGGAACAGUGAUCACUUUCUCAAUGUAAAGAGACACUCAAACAUGGAAACCUGAAAACGGAUGGAUGGGAAUGUAAAGAGAUGCAUCAAUUGUGAUUCGUAUGAAUGAUUAACACAAGAGAAGAGGAAGUUUUUAUGUUGCCAAACCCUGGAAAAUGUUUUAUUUAAAGCCGGAAAAAUCUUCAGAUGAAUAUAAUUUUAACUGACCAUGGUUACGUUUUACAGCUGCCUUAACUUACUUUUAGGUAUAUCAUAUGGGCUGUUCAAAGUAAAAUUACGCAAAAUGGAACAAAUCAAUUACAUCACUCACUUUCUGUAAAAACAUUCACAUUUUAUGAAUCAUUCAUAGUCAUAUUCAGAAAACUGGUCUGUAUCCAGUGAGCACCUCCCAGGCCAGUUUAUAUAUUUUGUUUUAUUUUGAUAGAAUAGAGCUGAAAGGAAUGAAUGUUGUGCUUGUGCGUUUGUUUUUAACAUAAGGGCGUUUGAGGGAGAAUUGCGUCAAGGUAUAAGAAAGAAAAAUUGCUCACGGUUUGUGUCAUAAGAAGGUUAAUAAUAUAUUUAUAUUUAUGUAAAUUGUGAAGUCCCACCUAUGAAAUUAAAACACAUUUGAAGGCGAUAGAAUCUAA